AUGUCUCUAGAAGUUCUACCAGUAUGGACUUCCGAACCUGGGUCAAUGGCCAACGAAACGGCUAUCAUGAGAUGGCCCAGAAUUGUCCAAGAUAUUGUGAAGGAUGUCACAGAGACGUGUAGUCAACUUUCUUCUCAAGAUGAGAAAAGUGAAGGCCAGAUGAUCUGCCGAGACCUUGAGUUAUUGCACAAGGAGAUCACCACCAAUGAGAGGCUGAGUCUCCUACCACAAGACGAAAGGCUCUCCGAUGUCGAAGAUUGGAACGCUCAGCUGGGGGAAAUAAAAGGUUGCUCUUGGUUGGCGGCGCCGUGGCUGUUCACGGAGUGUUAUCUGUACAAGCGUGUGCAAGCGAUUUUCGUCCUAACAGACACGCACAUCUGGCGAUCUUACGACUAUUUCAAACGUCAAAAGGACUCGACAUUUGCGCGGUCUAGUGCGGCUGUAGAAGAACUAGCCGCCCGAUUCCUCAACAUGGUCAAGGAGAAGGAUGCAUUUACAGCUGAGACUAACGCCGAUGCCCAGAGACUGCUGUUCACUGAGAUGGUGGAGAUCGCCCUCUGGGGAAACGCCACAGAUUUGUCCAUGUUGGGUCCUCUCAGCGUUGAGGAUUUGCAAAGUCUUCAGGGAAGAGAAAGCAUAGCCAAGAGCCGCCGCAAUAUUGUUGACGAUGAUUUGGACGAUGUGUGGCGUUUCCUGUCUAGACAUCCGCGAGCGAAUAUUGACAUCGUUCUUGACAAUGCUGGUUUCGAGUUCUUUACAGAUAUGCUGCUUGCAACUUAUCUGCUCGAAAUGAAGAUCGCAUCGUCAAUCAGAAUGCAUGUCAAGGACUUCCCUUGGUUCGUCAGCGACGUCAUUCCAUCCGAUAUACCCUCGUUGUUCUCGCAUUUGAAGUCAACAGAAAUCUUCCCGCGUCAUCGCCAGGAGAUCGAUCAAUUGGUCACCCGUAUGGAAAAUCAACUGUCCAGUGGUGCAAUUCAAGUGCAACAGCAUCCAUUCUGGACCACAGGUCACACAUACCACGAUAUGUCGUCUCAUGCCAAAGACUUGUUCGAAGAUCUCAAGGGCAGGGACCUUGUUAUUACCAAGGGUGAUUUGAAUUAUCGGAAGUUAACGAGGGAUGGUUUAUGGCCUCACACCACACCCUUCGAAAAUGCCAUUGGACCGAUGGGAAGAGGUAGCGGCAUCAAUAUCAUGGCACUGCGAACGAACAAAGCAGACGUCGUUGUUGGCAUUGAGACCGAGGAAAAGGUGGCAGAGUUGCACAAAGAAGCGCCGAAUUGUGCAUGGACUCGGAAUGGAAGAUAUGCUGUGAUUUCGUUCAACGAGGGUCGGUUACCGAAUUAG